CUGUUGCUUUGCAGUUGCGCAUGCUGGAUAUUACGAACCGGGAUCCCAGAACUUACAAUAGACCAACAGCCGAUGAAAUCGGUGUUUUGAGGCACGUCACCGAAUUAAGCUCUCUUUAUCUUCCUUUGAGAUAUGUGUUGCUUUUGAUAUACGGCGAGCAAUGUUGGAGACCGGAUAUACCAUUGAAGGACAAUGAAGAAGCCGGCCCAGCAGAUCGCGAUGGAUAUGGUGUGGAAAGGGAUCCCGAGCAGUUGAGUCUUGACAGAUCUUACUUAUGACUUUACAUUAAGUGGCGCUGGCCUAAUGACCGCACACCGUGUGGUCGCCACACGGGUGUUUACUAGUUGCCAAUUAUAAGGUAUAAUAGUG